AUGGAGAACGACGAUCCAGGCUUUCAAACUUAUCAGCCGGUUAGGAAACUACAUCUGUCUCCAAACUCCGGUAAGAGGACUUAUUUACCUGAGGUAGAUGACUCGCUUAAGUCGAAGGAUAAGAUGACGUUUGAUACGGUGAAUAAUGCAUUCCUCUUUUAUCAGAAGUAUGCAAUGGCUUCAGGAUUCACUGCCAGGAAGUCUUCUCAAUACAUGCUUCAUGGUGUUAUAAAAUCUAAAUGGUUCGUUUACUCAAAGGAGGGAACUAAACCUUUUAAGGCGAUGGAUUCAUCUAAAGAAAUUGACACCUCAAAUAAUGGGUCAAAGAGGAAAUCUAUGCGACGUGUUCCUUCUGUAAGGACGGGUUGCGAAGCACGUAUGUGUGUAAAGUUAAACGCUUUGAAUCUAUACGAGGUAUAUUCUUUCAAGGAGGCCCAUAAUCACUAUUUUGUUGCCGAGGACGAUAGGCAUUUACUCCCCGCUAACCGAGGUAUGAACUAUAUGCAAGAGCAAAUUAUUAACGCGUUGAGCACCUUGAACAUUGGACCGGUCAAAGCGUUUAAUAUCAUGAGGACACUAUAUGGUGGGUUUGACAACGUUGGGGCAACCAAAAACGAUUUUAAAAAUUUUAAGCGAGACCUGAACAGGUACAAAAUGAUGUUUGUUCCAUUUACUGGUAUCGACAACCACGAUCCUAACGUUACUCUUGGCGCCGCUAUAAUAGGCAACGAAAUGGCUGAAAAUUAUAGUUGGUUGCUUAAGCUAUUUCGUGAAGCAUUUAGUCGUGCCCCUCCGGGGAUUGUCACCGACCAAGACCCAGCCAUGAAGAAGGCUAUUGAAGAUACAUGGACUGAGAGUAGACGUAGGCUAUGCAUGUGGCACAUCACGGACAAGCUUACUGCUAAGGUUGGUGCUACAAUCUACAAUAGUACAGAUUUCAAGAAGAGGCUGUGUGCCAUUGUGUGGACCGAUUCAAUUGAACCUGAGAAGUUUGAAAGUGAUUGGGCUACCAUAAUGAACGAUUUUAACUUGGUUGAUCAUGAGUGGCUGCAGUCAGUUUAUCAAAUCAGGGAUACUUGGAUACCGGCUUAUUAUCACGAGGAGUUCAUGUCCGGGCUUAUGCGUACCUCAUCUCGUUCAGAGAGUGAGAAACAUUUCUUUGGACAGUUUUGUAACCCGGAGUGCACUCUUGUCGAAUUUCUCAAGCAUUUUGAUUCAGCUAUUGAAGCUCAGAGACAUGAGCACGGGAAGAACGACCAUGACACUAGAAACACAAACGCUGACAUAUGGGCUGUAGACUUUGUUUUGGAGGAUCAAGCGGCCAAUAUAUACACAUGCACUAUAUUUUUUGACCAGCAGCUGGAGAUACAAAAUGGUUUACACAAAUGUGCUAUCGGAAAGUGGGAAAAUAUGGGUGACUUUGUUAACUUUUUUGUGAAGGACUGGGAACAACCAUGCACUACUUUCUUCGAGGUUAUGAUGCGGGAGGACGACAUGAUUGUGUACUGUACAUGCAAAAGAUUCGAACAGUUUGGGUUGUUGUGCUUACACAUCUUUUGUGUGCUUAGGAUGCUUGAUAUUAGGGAGUUUCCACCACGCUAUAUCUUACGACGUUGGACUCAGGAGGUUGUUCCCAAUAGUGCCCCUGGUGCUAUUCUAGAUGUCAACGAGAGUGAGGAUCGUUAUAAUGAAGUUAACCGCGUUGUACGUGAGAUCACAUAUUCUAUGGAGUCGGUUAUUAACAAGCUUGUUGCUAACUUUGAUGCGUUGUGCUCAUUCAGGGAUCAUGUUGUUAACUAUUUCAAAACAGUUGAUGAGGCGGUGGUCAAUGCCUCACGUAAGAGCCAUCGCGAAAGGUUUGCUGAAAUUACCGGUAACACACAACCAUCAGAUGUAACUGUUCAUGUUCCCAUUGGAACUAGAUAUAAAGGUAUGGGUAAGCCUAAACGGAUGAAGUCCAAACGUGAAAUUGCUAUAAGUCAGUUGGGCAAAAAGAGCCGUCAGUGUCAAAACUGCUUUAGAUACGGGUAUAACAGACAUACUUGCAAAAACCCUACCCGAACUAAAGAACAAGCUAUGGCCGAGGAGGACGGUGAAGAAGCUGAUAAAGGUGACGAGGAGGAAGAUGUAUGGGAAGAAGUUGAAGAAGCUCUGGAUGAACAAGAUGAGGACGAAUCAGACGAGGAGGGUGGAGAAGAGGACUAG